AUGUAUUUCAAACAAGUUGGUGUAUCGAAAUGGUGUUGUAGAGAUGUGGAAGAAGAAAGUACUGUUAUAGACCUUAAAGAGGGCCUACCAAAAACCGUCUCGCUCAAAUAUGUGUCUGUAACUGAUAGCAUUGUAACCAAUGGGCGAGACGAGAUGAAAAGCGUAUUUAGAGAUGAAAAUCCGCGAAAUUUAACGUUGCUGUUUCAUGGUGGCAUCUUGUAUGCUGGUAUGGCUAAGUUGGAAGAAUCGGCCUACCAUACUGGUAAAUAUUGGUUGUAUGACUCCUCCUGGAAAUGCGUUAAUAUCACCGUAGCAACGAAGAUCACGGGUCCAUAUACGCGAAGAAGAUUGGACUUUUUCAGUUACUACAGCAACGCUGGUCCUGUUACAACUAUACAGAAGCGAACAGACUAUGUGUUUCUAGAGGUUAUGGGCAUGAAGUCGCGAGCUGGACUCGUGACAUCUUCCAUAGCGGUUCUCAUUGCAGCUUUAGCCGCAGCCUUUGUUCUGAGCGAUAAGUUUGCUGAAGUAGUCCUCCAUUGA